AUGAAGAGCCUCUUCAAGUCCAAGCCCCGCACUCCCUCCGACAUCGUUCGCCAUACUCGAGAUCUUCUCCGCCUCACCAACCGAGAUGACGACAAGACGGCCGAACUCACCAAAAACCUCCGGGAGAUGAAGUCAAUUCUCUAUGGGAACAGCGAAUCCGAACCGGUCCCCGAGGCUUGUGCCCAGCUCACUCAGGAAUUCUUCAAGGAAAACACCUUGCGUCUCCUUAUCCAAUGUCUUCCCAAGUUAAACUUGGAGGCUCGGAAGGAUGCCACUCAAAUUGUUGCGAAUUUACAGAGGCAGCAGGUUCAGUCUAAGCUCAUCGCGUCCGAUUACUUGGAGACAAAUUUGGAUCUCAUGGAUGUGUUGAUAUCUGGCUACGAAAACAUGGACAUGGCUUUACACUACGGUGCGAUGUUGAGAGAGUGCAUAAGACACCAGAUUGUUGCGAAAUAUGUUCUGGACUCACCUCAUAUGAAGAAGUUUUUUGACUACAUUCAACUUCCAAAUUUUGACAUAGCUGCAGAUGCUGGGGCAACUUUUAAGGAGCUCUUGAUGAGGCAUAAAUCUACAGUUGCCGAAUUCCUUUCCAAGAAUUAUGAAUGGUUUUUUGAUGAAUAUAACUCUAAGCUGUUGGAAUCUUCCAAUUAUAUUACAAGGCGUCAAGCUGUCAAGGUGCUGGGAGAUAUGUUACUUGAUCGCUCAAAUUCAGCUGUCAUGACACAAUAUGUCAGCUCACGAGAUAACCUAAGGAUUUUAAUGAAUCUUCUUCGAGAGUCAAGCAAGAGCAUACAGAUUGAAGCAUUUCAUGUUUUCAAGCUUUUUGUUGCUAACCAAAAGAAACCAGCUGAUAUCAUCAGCAUACUUGUUGCAAACAGAAGCAAGCUUCUUAGACUUUUGGGUGACUUAAAAAUAGCUAAAGAGGAUGAACAGUUUGAAGCUGACAAAGCUCAAGUUAUAAGAGAAAUUGCAGCUCUUGAACCGAGAGAUAUUGCUUGAGCUUCAGAUUGUGUGAGGUGACAAGGUGAAUUGUGUCAUUUUAUUUUAUAUAAUUGUCUAUUGAUAUAGUUCUUUUAGUCUUCAUCAAGAUGAGACCAACAUUCAACACAAUUCCAGUGUUUUCAUUCUGAAAUUUCAUUUCGUUUCUGUAAUUCGUAGAUAAAUAAAUAAAUUACUAAAAUUGGCUACACGCAGUAGCAGUAUAUGGCUUUCUGGUGUUAGAAUGAUUUACCUACCAUAUAUUGUAUUCGGUCAUGUAAUAUUCUUACUCUAUUUGUAUGACAAAUUUCUUCUGUUAGUUCUUCA